AUGGCACUGAGACAUUUCAAUAUUCGAACUGGUGCAGUCGAUGAAUUUUUGACUGGUAUAGGUGCUUUCUGUAGGAUUACUUGUUAUAAGUGGUCAGACGUGUUUCUUAAUCACUCAUUCGAUGAAUUUGUGGUCGAACGUCGAGGAGGGAAAAGAGGAGAUGGAUUUUACGAUCUAUAUCCUGAAAUUGAAAUCGAAGCUCGUGCGUUUGCAGUUGAAGCUUGUAGCCGAAAAGCCGCAAGCUUCACUGUGCAGGAAUUAGCUCAAUACAUUGAUUCAAAAUUCUAUGAAUUACACGGUCUCAAAAAAACUGGCUCGGGCUUGGUUCGUUCUGUUGAAAGUGUUCGUCUUGAUUUAAGAAAGUGGGGUAUUCAUUACUCGGCAAACGGUCUGAGGCCGUACUUCCUCGGCCAUGAACGUCCAGAUGUUAUCGAACCUUUUAGUGCACACAACUCAGGACCAUUUUUUCGACUGUCUGACCACGAAUAUUCUGAGGCUUUGGAGAAAUAUCCAGAGUUGGAAGAUGAUGAAGGAAUUCGUUAUGAAGCUAACUCAGCUACAGCUUCUAUUGCUAUUGGAAACGAAGGAUAUUUUGAUAAUGAAACAAUACUGGCUCAGUUCGAGAGAUUUUUCAAACUCCUAGGGUUUAAAGCUGAAUACAGAGGACAUCAGAUAGAACUUUUGGUCGACAAUGCAACAACUCAUUCGAAAAAGGACUACUCUGUUAUGGACUUUCCAAAAAAAAUCGGGACACGUUGUGAAGUGCAAUCCAUCGACUGUCUGGACGACAAUGGUGACUUUCAAACUUUAAAUUGUUUUUUUACGACCGGUGAACAUAAAGGAAAGAGCAAAGGAAUGGUUGUUAUUGGACAAAAACUUGGUUUAAGUGUCACGGACAAAAUGACUGUAGAAAUGUUAAGACAGGAAUUAGCAACACAUCCGGCUUUUAAAACUGUGAGUUGCUCCCCCAUUUUUUAA